UGGGGGGACGCGCUGGGGGGACUAGGCGGUCUUUGGGUAACUGGCCCAAGGACAGUUACCAUUACGUCUGGCUGCCACCUGUCAUUCUUAACAUCUGGAGCUUUCCGCGAUAUUUAUUCCGCACGGCCCGUUGUUUGCAGGAAGGUGGCGAGAAAAGGCUGAUUUUAUCUCGAAUUCUCUCAUAGGAUAAAACGUAAGUUAAUGAGUCAGGGCAAAGACAGGAACUAGAAAAAUCGUAGACUGUCAGGGCUGGAAAGGAUAUUGAACAGCGAAUGUUCCAGACCCUGCCUUUCACGUUUGUGAAAUAAACUGAGGCUGAGAGAAGUCAAGAAGGUUGACCUCGCGAAAAUUAUGUGGCACGAGAUUUUAGACGCUUCCCAGGGAACCAGAUUGAGAUACUUUACGGAUACCCGGGUUUCUGAGAUUUAGAUGAGAAUCGCUGAAGUCAGAGGAGUGGGUGAGAUAUCCUCUGCUCGGUUCUUUGGAGAAAAAGCAAAAAUUUAAGCGGCGGUUCUUAAGUUAUUUGGCCUCAGCACUCCUUUCUUUACACUCUAAAAAUGGUUGAGGACUCCGAAGAGCUUUGGUUUUUGUGGGGUUUAGCUAUCAAUUUUUAGCUUAUUAGAAAAUACAACCGAGAAUCUUAAAAGUGCUUGUUCACUUAAAAAUAACACUAAUAAACUCAUUACUUGUUAACAUAAUUAACGUUUUUAUGGGAAACAACCAUAUUUUCCCAAACAAAUUGAGAGAGAAGUGUAGCAAUAUUUUACGUUUUUGCAAAUCUCUUUAAUGUCUGGCUUAAUAGAAGACAGUUUGGCUCUCAUAGCUGCUUCUGCAAUCUGUUUUUAUAUCACACGUCCUGCAGCCUCUGGAAAACUUCACUGUACACUGGUGAGAGAAUAGAGUGGGAAAGUUGCAAAUUACAUCUUACUGUUAUUAUGAAAAUAAGUUUAGUCUCCUGGGCCUCUUCUGAAGGUGUCUCAGGAGCCCCUCAGAAGUCCUUAGACCACACUUUGAGAACCACCGUUAUUAAAUCAGGCGCUGUUAGUGGUUGAAAUUUUGAACUAUUUUAAGACGCACUUACCCAGAACAGGCUCCACACCCUCAAAAAAAAGAAAGCAAAAAAAGGAAGGAAAACUUACGAACUUCUUAAGGUUAGUUUGUGGGGGUAACAGUACUUUAGGCUCCAACUUUUUAAAAGCUGGGGGUUUAUACUGGGAGAAGAUGCCUGGGAAGUGUCAUAUUCCUUAGACCUGUGGGCCUUCUACACAACUGGAUUGUGGGCUUAGGGGUAUAAAUGUGGGGAGGGAAUUUCCUCUGUGAUUAUGUGUGGAAAAUGGCACAUACCUCUUACUACUUUGUAUUGUGCUUGAUUUCCUUUCUUCUUUUUGCUUUUCUCCCUUGAUCCAAGAGAGACUGUGAAAGUUUUGAUUUGCUUCCAUCUUGGGUGAAGAGUAGAAGAAGGAUAAUUAGCUAAGAAUAGUUUUUUUUUUUUUAAACAUAGGUGACGCUCUGUUGUUCUAAUUAAGUUUCAUUUGUACUAAACUGUUAUUCUCAUCUUUAAAGUAUUUUUCAGGAUCCUGUUGAGCUUCCAGUUUCUCAGUUUACACUUUUAAAUCUUGGGAAAGCUUAAGAAAAAAACGGGUGGCAAAUGUGUAUUACAUACAGUACCGUAGGUUUCCUACAACUAGAAAUUUUGUUCCACCAGGGGGAGCUGACAGUAAGGAUUUGGAAACGCUGUAUUGUUGCAGUAUGAGGCACAGUAGUGGUAUAUAAGAUGGGUGUAAAUUCCAAUGUGUAUUUCAACUUACUUAUAAAAUUAGACGUUUAUAAGCUAGUUGUCUCACCCAAGCCAAGAAAUAAAUAUACUGGAAAAGGUGUAUGAAAGCUUCAAAGAAGGGUACUUUAGAAUUCUUAUUCCAGCUCCAUAAAUUAAAUUAUAAAGACGCUUUUUUUUAAUGCUUGAAAAUAUUUAAGUAAAAGAAGUAUUAUGUUGAAAUAUAUUUAAUCUGUAAAAAAAAAUGGGAAAAUGAAGCCACAUGUUUUCUUCCUUGAUGUCUGCAUGUUUAAUUCAUAGCUGUUAAUGUGAGAAUUGUUUUUUUAAAAAAGUUCUUGUUCCUGGGCUUCCGUGGUGGUGCAGUGGUUAAGAAUCUGCCUGCCAGUGCAGGGGACACGAGUUCGAGCCCUGGUCUGGGAAGAUCCCACAUGCCGCGGAGCAACUAAGCCCAUGUGCCACAACUACUGAGCCUGCGCUGUAGAGCCCGCGAGCCACAACUACUGAGUCCGCAUGCCUAGAGCCCGUGCUCCGCAACAAGAGGAGCCACCACAAUGAGAAGCCCGCCACCACAACGAAGAGUAGCCCUCGCUUGCCGCAACUAGAGAAAGCCAGUGUGCAGCAACAAAGACCCAACGCAGCCAAAAAUAAAUAAAUUAAUUUAAAAAAAGAAAGUUCUUGCUCCUGAGCUUUAAAAAAUAUAGUAUCUAGUAUUUUGAGAGUCCUUUCUGAUUAUCAACUCUACCACUGUCCUCUUUUUUUUAAAUGAAAUCUAACUUGGCAAUUUAGUUACCCCAAUAUCUUCAUCUAAAAUAAUGAGAUAGCCUGUUAUUUGAAGCAUCCUGCAUCUUUUGGGUUUUCAUGGAAACUGUGAAUGGUUUGGGAAUUGAUUUUAAUUCUAACACACAUCCCCCUGUUUUUAAGGGUUCAAGGAAUUUUUCUGUAUGCAGUUCUAGGAGCAGUACAGCCAAAAAUGGUGGCCUUCUCCUCAGCACCGAUAUGAAGUGGGUACAGUUUUCAAACCUACAUGUUGAUGUUCCCAAGGAUUUGACCAAGCCUACGAUAACCGUUUCUGAUGAACCAGACACGUUAUAUAAGCGCCUAUCAGUUUUAGUAAAAGGCCAUGAUAAGGCUGUAUUGGACAGUUAUGAGUAUUUUGCGGCGCUUGCUGCUAAAGAACUUGGUAUCUCUGUUAAAGUACAUGAACCUCCAAGGAAAAUAGAGCGAUUUACUCUUCUCAAAUCAGUGCAUAUUUUCAAGAAGCACAGGGUUCAGUAUGAAAUGAGAACACUUUACAGAUGUUUAGAGUUAGAACAUCUCACUGGGAGUACAGCAGAUGUCUACUUGGAAUAUAUUCAGCGAAACUUACCUGAAGGAGUUGCCAUGGAAGUUACAAAGACAAAAUUAGAACAGUUACCAGAACACAUCAAGAAGCCAAUCUGGGAAACAAUACCAGAGGAGGAAGAAGAAAGCAAGUCAUAAAGUCUCAAAGUGACCACUUGUGCUGGGAUGUGAAGUGAGCAUGUCAAGUGGAGGGAGUCUCCAGUGAAGACAGUUUCAAGUCACCCUGACUGCUCUCCUGAGGCCGCACGGCCUGAUCAGUAGAAAGCAGGGAUUGAAGUUUACGAUACACCAGACUAUUGUGCAGGAACCACUUUAUCUAUUCUUUUAUACAUGUCAUUGUUUCAGUUCGGAUUUUAACAAAUGUGAGCAAACCGUUUGGACCACUCUGUACCAAAACGGUCAGAUUCAUGUUUUGUUAUUCCACUGUUGUUCAAGUAUUAGUUUGCACUGAUUGUGAUUUGUAUCAUUUCAUUCAUCUAAAAGUGUUUCAAAUAUUCCUCAUACGCAUUUCUUUCUUUUGAGGAACCUAGAGGGAAACUUUGGUUAAUUUAACACUGAGCAGUUAAAGUUUUUGAUAUUUACCUCAGUGCAGGCUGACAUAUGCUAGUUUGGGGGUGGUGACCUCCAGGUUUUACCUCAUGUAAAGCAUUACAUUCUUGAAAAUUGAUAUACUUUAUAGCAGAUCAAGCACAUUUGUGGCAUGUGCCGAAUUCUUCUGUAGCCCGAACCCUUUCAGGGCCGCCUAGAAGGGUCACUAUAAUGGAAUUUCAGCUGUCAAGAAAUUACUAUAUCGUUUCAUUCAUCCUGUAAUUCAUUUAUUCAAUAAGCUUUUCUUUUGUUGACUUUGAACCCAGCACUAUAGUAAAUACCAAAAAUUGAAUAGCAAUAACAGCUUUCAAAAAUUGUGCAAGGCACAAAUAAAUACUUUUCCCUUAUUAA